AAAUUCAUUCUUGCAUCGACUCUGGAUGAUACGAUACGCCUCUGGAAUUACCACACGGGAAAGUGCCUGAAGACAUACACAGGACACAAGAAUGAGGCCUACUGUGUCUUUGGCAGUUUCUCGGUCACAGGCGGCAAAUGGAUCGUGAGCGGUAGCGAGGACAAUUGUAUAUAUAUCUGGAAUCUUCAGACACGGGAGGUCGUUCAGAAGCUGGAGGGACAC